AUGGCUUCUCAACAAUCGGAAAUGGGCAAGGAUUCAUUUGCUUCUGCUGUUACUGGGAACAGCGCUGGCGGCUCACCUCAACAUGAGACGAGAUAUUUUUCUUCAAAAAGAGCUAGAGAAAUACAGGCGGAGGAAGGAAUUACUGCUCCUUAUCGUUCAGGCCCCCUUCCACCACCGUCCAUUUCUACUAAUGGUGCUUUUAAUAAUGGUACACUCCUAUCGGAUUCUGCAGCUAGUGUAUCACUUGAAUAUUUGAACCUAAAGUCUGUUGGGACAAAAGUUUCUCCUACUCCUAGUAGUAGCAGUCCUGAUCACCUAUCCUCUUACUCCUCUUCAUACCGUCGGACUAGGGCUGAUACACUACCUUCUUUGUCACGACCUAUUGUCCAUCAUCCUACUUCUUCAUUGUCUAUCGCAACACCUAUUGGAUCCUCUGCUUCUGCUGCUACUCUUCUUACCCCCCCAAAACCCAAUUCUCGUAUUCGAUCUGGAUCUCUUACUUUACCAUCAGCUUCACUUUCUGCUGCGUUUGGUCCAUCUAUUUUUACUUCAGGAUGGUCUGAUCAUAGAAGUGAAACAAAUGGUCCACCAACUCCUCCAAUGCAAACACCCACUACUGGUGAUUUACUUCGUGGGGAUGAAAAUAAUACUGUUGGUAAAACUUUAGACUAUUUGGGCCUAGAUGAUCAUGAACAUCUUAAAGCUACUGGUAACCUUCCGCAAAUCAAAGUGGACAUGAAACCAUCAAACCCUCAAAAUUAUCAAUCUUCUGUGGGAUCUAUUUCUUCUUUGCCUGCUCUUCGUAGGGAUGCAAAUAGAAUUCGUUCUUAUUCUGUGUCUGCUACUGCCAAGUAUGAUGAUCCACCGCCUACAACAACUGUAUCUUCAAAUAACCUUUUCCCACCAGGUUCUGCAGCGGUGCAACAAUUUCAUCAAACCCAUUCUCGGCCUCGCGCUAUUAGUUUGGGUAUUUUGGAUCUACCAAAUGAUAUUAUGCUCAUGCGCCAAGGAAGAAACGGUCAAAUGUAUAAUGAUUUACCAGAAUCCGGGCAGGGUUCUAAUACCCCAUCUAGAUCUCUUGGGGGUGAACAAUUAGUUGGAACGAUGCUUAUGGCUGCUAUGGAAGGGAAAAAGAAACAACAGCAACAAAUUCAUAUGGAAGAUGAUUAUUUAUUACCGGAUCAUGAUGAAUUAGAUCAUAACCGUUCUAGUGUGUCAAGUCCUCAUGAUCAUACACCUGACCAUUCUCAACAAAGUACACCUCCUCCACAAACACCUACUCGGUCUUUAUGGAUUGGGAAUAUCGAUCCGAAUCUUAGCACUCAAGAUCUUAUGCAACUUUUUUCGCCUUAUGGGUCCAUUGAAAGUUUAAGACUAUUACCAGAUAAAGAAUGUGGUUUUGUUAAUUUUGUUCGAGUUGAGGAUGCAGUUCGUGCUAAAGAUGAUAUUAUGAAUAGAAUGGGCAGUCGAGUUGGAAAUUGUAUCGUUCGUGUGGGCUAUGGCAAGGCGGAUUCGUUAAAUGCUCAUGAUUUGUCCCUGUCAUCACAAACACAGCUUCAACCUACACGUGCUCUUUGGAUUGGAAACAUUCCCACCUCGACCACACCACAAAUUCUACAGAACAUAUUUGCACCAUUCGGUCCAAUUGAAUCUGCUAGAGUCCUAACACACAAAAAUUGUGGAUUCGUCAAUUUUGAAAAAUUGGAUGAUGCCGUAAAAGCCAAGAAAGCAUUGCAUGGUAAAGAGGUUCUUGGAAGUGCUGUUGGCCCUGUUAGAAUAGGAUUCGCCAAGGUACAACCUAAACCAUCACCAACAUCGACUCCAGAGCCAGGAUCUCCUGCAACUCGUCAUAUUCGUAAUCUUUCAUCAUCAUCCUCUUCUUCUAAUAACCAAUGUUCUGGUCAAUGGAACGGACAAGUUGAAAAUUACCAUAAUAAUAUAAUGAGAAUGAUGAUUCCUGGGUCCGGCGGUCUGAAUGAAAAACAAUUAAUGAUGCGCGAAUUGAGUGGCGGUGUAGAUGAUGACAUUGAGGACGUCAAUGAGAAUCGCCCUCCCACGACGUAUUUUACAUCUAUUCCUCCUGUGGGUGAUCCAAAUCCGAAUCGUAAACCAGAUGCUUCAAGAUUGCGAGAAAUUCGCAAACGUUUGGAUAGUGGUCACUGCUCUGCAAAAGAAGUUGAGGCAAUUGCAUCUGAAGUUUUAGAAGAAUGUGUGGAAUUGUCAAGCG